AUAUCAAAAUUUUGUAAUGCCUUUUCGGCAAAAUUUUAUAUAAAUUUCUCGAUUUGCAACAAAAAUGGAAAGUUUCCAUUUUUUCCGCUUAAAGGCAAAAAUGCGAUAGUGUCCAUACCCAUUGGCAUGCUUUGCCCCAAGACCUCACUCAUAGAGUAGGAUGCUGGUUUGCUACACAUAGAAAAUCUGUGUUUGAUUUUUGAAACCAAAUACUGAUUUCUUUCAGCUUUUUGUAGCCUAUCAUAUUCCACGUGAAUGGAAUAGGACAAUGUAUGUUCUGUUUAAAUGGAACCAAUGUCUUACACAAACAUGGUGUGUUUGUAUUGGAAUGUACUAAGGCUGGGUUCAUUGAAACAUGUCCAUACCAAGUUUGCUACAAGUUAAAGUCAGAUCAAACUUGGUAAAACAUGAGAUAGUGUUUGGAAAGCAUUGUAGAAAGAAAUACGUAAAACCUAGAAGUUGCAAAACUCUUGUUAUUAAGUUAGCUACAAGUUAAAGUCAGAUCUAACUUGGUAAAACAUCUGAGUGUUUACAGAAAGUAUUUUAGAAAUAAAUAGUUAAACCUGCAAAAAUUUUAUUAACAGGUUUGCUAUAAGAAAAAAAUGAAGUUAGUGAAACAUGAGACAGUAUGUGUUGGUGACAUUGCAGAAGGAAACUAGAACAAUAAGUUGCACAACUGUGAGAUUCAUAACAUAAUUUUUAUAUAUCUGUUUAAAUACAGUAACAAGGAUCAGAUUAAUUACCACAACAAAGCGAAGAGAAAUUUUGUUUUGGAAAGUUUUGCAUAAAAGUUAAAGCACAACGAGUUAAACAAUAUAACAGAGCAUUUCUUAUAUGUAUUGUAGGCAAUGUAAAUGAAUUAUGUGUGAGGUUUAUAACUAAGUAAAAUGGACAGCAGAGACAUCACUUCGAAAACAAAGAACAGCAACCUUGUUAAGCUUGCAAAUGCUUUGGAUUAUGGGUUACAACUCCCAUUUCAAACUCAAGUUACAACAAAGGCCAAAGAAGUGAAAAAAAGUGUUCCCAAAAGUGAAUUCAUAGUUCCAAAACAUGGUCCCAAAACACAGACAAAGAACCAUGGUCGUCCAAUUGAUCUUACCUUUGCAAAGGCGCUACGGGUCAUAACCAUCGGAUUUUCAUCUCAAUCUUUCACUUCCGAUUGGAGGAAAUUUUACUUUGCAUUCCGUGAAACAAAGUCUGCGAUCCCAUAUGCUAUGGAUGCAACUAUGCCAGGACCCCGAGCACUCACGCUAUGUAUGCAAGCCUAUAUCAUGAAGCAUUUGUUAUUCACAUCUGAUCAAAACAAUGAUUCAGCUGCUUCAUAUUUUGGAAAAUCCUCUCCAACGCCCUCUAGUUAUGAACAAGAGUGCGCACUCGUUGAAGCAAUCACGGAUGUUUUAUGGAAAGCAGCCACAACAAGGUCCGACAAAGGACAAGUCACAGUAACUCUGAUGGGCAGCGAUCCUUGUUUUGAAACAAAAGGUUCAUUUAUUGCUGAUGGCUUUACUGAGAAGCUUUGGAUAUACACAAUAAACUCUAAGAACGAAACUAAGAAGUUUAUUCGGAGAAAUGUUCAUUAUUUCAAUAGCAGAAAAAGCCCAGGUGGAAUUCUUCUUCUUUACAGCGUUGUCUUGUCUCGAACUAUCGAUGUUUUGUUGAAGGAUUUUGGUCGAAAGCAAACUUCGCUUCUUACAGAUAACGCUAGAAGCACACAGAGUCUAAUCAACCUUUUGUUAACUGGACAAGGAUCCCCAUUUAUCCACAAUGGUGUUGUAAGGACAGAUUCUAAAGGGAAGGCUCUUGAUCGCCCUCUUGCAGGUUUAAGAUGCAGAAGUGAAAUGGGAUUUCUAUUUUUCAAUAAAAAUGAACCAGAGAAGAAAAGAACGCAGGUUGGUAGCAUGUACAAGACUCCUUUGCUUCCUAUAUGGGUGACUCAAGUAAAUGGUUCGUAUGGUGUUUUAUUCUGUACAGCAAGAGACCUAGUUACAGAUUGGAAAACUGAACGGUAUUUCUGCCUUCAUUAUUACAACGGACAUUUCACUCAACAGGCUGAGGCCACUAUUACUAUAGACACGCGCACGAGAGUUGAUUCAAUUGAUCUCGACCGACAGAUAUCGAUCUGGGAUGACGAUGAAGAAAUUGAGAAGAAACAACCUUCUCUGGAACAAUGCCUUCAUACAAAGUGGCCCGAAUCCAAUAUUGACUGGAACGGAGAAACGCCCUUUUAUUGAUCAAUGUUUUUUAAUAUAGUAGGGGGGAGAGAUGGGACACCUUAUCAUUCUAUUUUCUCGUCCUAUUUGGUAGUAAACAAAGAACAUUCAAAGAAUAAUAAAACCGCAUUCUUACGACUCGUAUAGACCGUUGUUAUUUGUUUAAAACACGAUCAAGAUAUUUGGUUAUUAUGUGCUAAAGGUGUCCCAUCUUACCCCAUGGAACUAUAUACUUUAUUUUACGUUUUGGUUGGGGUAAGAUGGUUCUUGUUUUCAAAAUCUUUUUCUAGGGUAUGAUGUUGUCCUGUUUCCAUUCUUUUAUUGAUCACCAUUUUAAAUAUUCUUUUUUUAGGUUUUAGUUGGGAUAAGACGGUAUUUUUUUCAAUAUCUUAUUGAUUUUGUGGGUUGGGGCAAGGUUUUCCAUGUUUUCAUACUUUUGUUGAUCACUAUGUUUUCGGUAGUGUUUUAUAUGUGUGGUUAAGGUGGCCCUUGGUUUUGAUAUCUUAUUAUAUCUAGGUUGAAGUAAGAUGGUCCAUGUUUUUAAUAUUUACAAAUUAAUUAACGUUGUACAUAUUUAUCCUCCCGCUGAUGGGGCGACAACGUGAAGCGAAUACACCACCUUUAAUGCA